CUUUGGCAGCGUGAAGACGCCGUGGACGCAAUCGCCGUGGAUGUGGCAAACAACAGCGAACAGCAACAAAUCAUAGUGUGUGCGCCAGUGUGUGUGGGUCGGCGGCAAUGUGCAUAAAUAAAAAAUCUAUAUAUAUUUUAAAUUGAAUUUAGAAAAGCGAACGCACACACACUCGAGAGAGCGAGAGCGCGCGGCAAAAGCUUGCAGCGGAAAUACUGAAAGGCAAAGUGGAAGUAAAAGUGCCUGUGUCUGUGUGCGGCCGCUAGAAAGUGUGGCCAAAAGUGACAUCACACUCCGGGGCAGCAGAGCUGCGAUAGCAGGAGUAACAGGAGUACAUCAGCGAGAAAUCGCGCGCCGCCUCGCGGAACAUACCAGAACGAGAACAAGUCGCACGCGUCGUCGCUCAAGGUGAGCCCGCGCAACCGCACACCACCCCGCUCCCCGCCCCCGCUUACUAGUCGUCGACGCGUCCCGUCCAAAAAUUAAUCUCAACAACUGGCACGACAAAUAGUCGCCGACGAAAAGUCAGAGCCAAGUAUCAACGAAAGAAAUAAAUAAAAAAUUGUCGCUACGCAGCGAGGCGCUUUGUUAAAACGAAUUCGGUAGUGGACGAGGUACGGCAGAAGCAGCGAGAUGAAGCCCACUGUGAUGACCCCCAGCCAGGCCCAGAGCAACGCCGGCGCCAACGGGGCCCCUGGUGGAGGCGCCGGAUCGGGUGUCAACAUACCCGUCAACCGGGAGUACGUCGGCGGCGCCUACGGAUCUCCCCAGCAGCAAGCGACGCAUCAGCAACACCCCCAUUUCCAGAGUCCCCAAGCGACGUACGGAUCGCCCAGGCAGCAGUUCCAGCAGGUUCCCCCCAGCCAGCAGCAGCAGCACUUUCAGCCGACCUUUGGAUUCGAACCGGACAUGGACAUGGAUAAUAUGUUUCCGCGCUCCCACCUGGGCAGGAUGCAUGACCCCUUUGCUGGCUUCGGCGACUCACGUAAGAGGAGCAGUUUACACGGUCCCAAUGCUCAUGCUGACGAUGCCUUUCAAUCCUAUUUCGACGACGCAGACUUCGGUUUUCCCAGGUUUUCGACGAUGGGGAGACGUGGCCGCAUGGCCGGAGGCACCAACGAUCACAUGGAGCACGAGGACGACUUCUUCAACCGACUGCCAUCGGAGUUCCGCCAGUAUAUUCCUGACGGAUUUGGGGCUAGACGUGGAGGCGCUCCGGGCGCCAGUCAUGUGGCCCAACAUCCGCCGCAACAGCAGCACCCUCAGCAAUAUCCCCAACAGUCAUACGGCGCAUACGAUGUGCCCCCGCAGCAAAUGCCGCAGCCGGGAUACGGUGUACCCCCACAGCAACAAGUGCCGCAGUCCCCCUCCAAGCGGCUCUGCGAUGCUGCCAUCCAGACUGAGGAUCCCGCUGGGCGCUCGGAGGUGGACUGUGCGCCGUCGGCCAACUUGAGCCAACAUGGACUGCGCAAUACUGUCGACAUGGGCGUUAAGAGUGCCGCCGAGCAGGACAUGGGACUGCGGGCUCACUCCGCCCCUCCACCAGAGCAGCAGCAACAGAACCUGCAGUACCAGCAGCAGCAACAACAUCAGCGUGCAAUGCCUUCGCCUGGAGCUCAGCAGCAGCAAUUCGCAACCCAGACCAGUCCGCCAAUUCAGGGACACCAAUAUCCAGGGCAAAAGCAGCCGCAGCCGCCGCUCAAGUCUUACUAUGCGCCCCAGCAACAGACACAUCCCCAACAGAAGCAGCAGACUCCUCCACCGGCCCCACAGACUCCUGGCGGCACAAAUAUACGCACUAUUCCCAUCUUCGUAGAAGGUCGCACGGAGCCCAUUAUCAACGCCCACAAGGAGAUCCCCACCCAAAGUGCACCUCCCAGUGCCCAGGAGGGUGCUGAGACACAGGCCCAGUCUCACUUCGCGCAGCAACAGCGGCCCACGCCACUGAACACUCAUCAGGAGUUGCCGGCAGGAGUUGCUGCUGAGGGAGCCGCUGGCUUGCCGCCGCAGACACCGCAUACCCUAGACUCAAUCAAUAAGAUCCAGGACAUUCAGCGCGAUGUACUGGAGCUAAUGGGCAAGGUGGAGCAGUUCAAGGGCACCCGCCAGGACAAGGAAUACGUCUACUUAGACGAGAUGCUGACGCGCAACCUGCUCAAGCUGGACACCAUCGACACGAACGGAAAGGAUAGCAUACGCCUAGCCAGAAAAGAAGCCAUCAAAUGCAUUCAGGCGUCGAUUAAUGUGCUGGAGGCCAAGGCCGAGGAGAACGCGCGGGCAGCGUCGGGGGCAGCAGCUGCAACAUCCACCGCAGAAGAGCCGGUCCAGACGGAGGCAGCUGCUACCUCAGACUCUGUGGCGCAAGUUGCGGAGCCAGUGACGCCACAGCCGCAGGACGCAACGAAGAUCCAGGAGCCCAUCCCCCUGCCGCCGCCACCAAACACCGCAGUGCCAGAGACCAGUGGAGCAGUGCCUGCAGAGCAGGUCGCCGCUAGCCAGAAUGUCGCCCAGACAGGGACGACCACAUCGACGUCGGAAUGAUGAACACAGCGCCUCUACAAAACAACCGUUUCGAAGCAGCUACGAAAAUUAACCAAAUUUAAGUGACAGGGAGGAGAUCGACACGACUCAUUUGGACAGACUUGACUUGACAGGAUUCGGAGUGGAUCAGAAUGAAAACGGAGCUAGCAAUAUGCGUCCUUGCUAGAAAUUCGCAGCAGGAUGCACACGCGACACACUCGUACUAUGUAAGCAUGCAAAUCUCAUGUGACAGCAGUGUUGAGUGCGACAAACACUCAUCCCACUCAUCCUCAGGCGUCAUGCACCCCAUAUGUAGAAUAGGCUAGUAAGGAAUUUGAUAUUGAGAAAAGUGCCUGCAUAAACGUAAUUCGGAAGUUAACAUAACGAAGUGAUUUUGUUGUAAUUCGUUUGCCCCACAUGCAUCUUAAAGAGCUGAUUAUGAUUAAGCGAUAUAUCACCAUGAUGAUAAUUUUGAAGCCGAGUCCAGUUUUUAUACGUAUUUUGUGUCAGACAGCCGCCUAGGGACAGCAAGUGGCCGUAUGAUCUCAUACAAAUCUACAGCAAUUGUGCUUGGUUGCUACCGCCACUUACACCCAAAAACACACCAACAUCACCAACGGGGCACCACUUACGGCUUUGCUGCAGUUAAAUUGUUAAACAAAGGAGAAAACAAAAACUUGUGGAACAACUAAGAUUAAACUAUUUAUGCUACUAAUUAAUGCGAGAAUAAAUGUAGAUAUUGUUGACCAAA